AUGCUCGCAUUUCUGUUUCUGGCCGGCCUCAUCGCGGCAGCUCCAGCUCCUCAAGCAGAUGUUCUGAACAAGAUUGCCUUGCCACUUCCUCGUACCUUCGCUCGCUCCACCGGCGAGGUCAACGGCCCCGCCCUCUUGAGGUCACUGCAGAAAACGUUGAACAAGUAUCAUUCGAGGUUUAACACCCCUGGAGCUUCCGCCAAUGCUUCGUUGCAACGGAGGUUGGCUACCGAGAACCUCCUGGAUCAAGUAGAGGCCCCUGAUUUCGAUGAGCAGUAUUAUGGCCCCAUGGAAGUGGGCUACGGCAUCACUGCACAAUUCUUCACCGUACAAUUCGAUACCGGCAGUUCCGACAUCUUUAUCCCUGGACCCCAGUGCACAAGCGACGAAGGCUGUCCCUUCACCGAUAAGCGAUGA